AUGGCUACAUGGAAAGUUAAUGCCGGUCCACUCCUGCGCUACGAUACAGUCGACAGUCAGGGUAUCUACCAUGCAUUCGCUCUUAUUGUAACGGAACAUGUCAAUGGAGUAACUCUUCCUGCGCCACCGAUUCUGCAGUAUGUUGCGACAGCCAAUCAGCAGCCUACUGGCCCUCCAAUGCAAACCAAGGGUCUGCAGUUAUGGGUGUACAAUGACGAGCAAAGGAAGUCGCAUGUAUUCUGGCGCUUCAAGUUCGAAAUAAAAAUGAUGAGGGUUCCCCAGCAGAUUGUGUACAUUAUUCCAGGUGCUAGCGAUCUGCUUGACUUUCAUGUGCCUGCAUUUCACCAAAACUUCCGAUGGUCAACGUAUUCAUGCAGUGGGUUUAGCUCAAGUGUGAAUCAAGAAGAAUUCGGUGGUUUCGAUCCCAUGUGGAAUGACAUGCUAACUGAACAUGCUAACAAUCCAUUCCAUGUAAUGAUCGGUGGUGGUGACCAGAUCUACAAUGACAAGAUCACUGAGGAAAAAGUAGUGGGAUCGAACAUUGCGCCCAUUGAUCUAAAUACCGAGCAAGAGGAAAGGCCCGUAGCGCCUGAGAUUGCGAUCGCAAUCGACCGAUUCUUCUUUAACAACUAUGUUCAGUGUUUUGGCACUGGCGCAAUGGCAAGGGCUAUGGCGCGGAUCCCCAUGGUGAACAUGCUUGAUGAUCAUGACAUUAUAGACGGGUUUGGCACGUAUCCUGAGAAUUUGAUGCGCUCGCCAGUAUUUAACCUGAUCGGAUCGCGGGGCUACUUUUUCUAUCUGCUUUUCCAGCAAUUUAUGCAAGAUGAAGUGGAUGGAAUUAUCAACGAAAACACAAAGAACCCUAAUCCAUCAGAAAUCAAGUCACUUAUAAUCGGUGGUCCCGGCACUUACAUUCCUUUCCCCACUCACUCGUUCCUGACCUGGCUUGGUCCUAAACAGGCAAUGCUUCUUUUGGAUUGCCGUGCACAGCGCACGCUGAAUCAGGUUUGUGCACCUGAGACGUACGAGCGCGCGCAAGAAGCAAUCGAAAUGUUGCCAGACACUGUGCGGCACCUAAUCAUCCAACUUGGCGUACCCAUCUCUUAUCCUCGCAUGGUGUUCCUUGAGAACAUGCUUACGAACCGCUUCAACCCUGUCGUAUCCAUGGCUAAGAUGUUCAUGCCUGCAUUUACCAACAACUUCAACGGACAAGUUGAGCUAUUGGAUGACCUCAACGACCAUUGGUGUGCAGCCCAUCAUAAAAAGGAACGCAACCAACUCAUCGAGCGCACCCAGGCUCUGGCUAAGACGCGAAAGAUGAGAAUUUCGUUUAUCAGUGGUGAUGUCCAUGCUGCCGGUUGCGGUGUAUUUUAUUCAGAGCAACAGAUGGAGCCUAGUCGUGACCCAAGGUACAGCUUGGCUGUUAUAACCAGUGCGAUUGUGAAUGCACCCCCGCCCCCCGCUGUCAUUAACAUUGUCAACAAGCUUGCUACGAAGCACCAUAAAAGCUUGGAAUAUGCCAAUACGCGAGAGACCAUGUUGCCUCUUUUUGAGCUUGAUUUGGAGGAUAAGAAUACCAAGAACAAAUAUAUCAUUGGCGCACGCAAUUGGUGUGCCGUGGACUAUGAUGAAAACACCAAUGAACUCAUCUUUACUUUGCAUGUCGAAAAGGCUCCAGGACAUGGACGUGCUAAGCUAUACAGCAUGAAGGCACCGCCGCCUCUUUUCUAA